AUGGCGGGCACGAUGGUCACGGCGCACUACGCGGCAGCGCCUCAACCUAGUAACUUUCAAUAUGGUUACAUGCCGCCACCUUCACCACCUAUGGAUGAGACAGCAAAAUGUUCGCUGCCGUCCAUCUCAAAUCUCCUGGGACUGGCGGACCAAGGGUCCCCGACAUCAGAGACAUCGCCUCAGUCUCAGCAGCAAUGUAUGGACAUGGAAUGGUGGGACAUGUGGCAAGCUGGUACUGACAACAUGAUCCCAGCACAAGUAUUGAAGCCCGAUCCGCGGCCUACGUCGUCCCACUAUGCCAACCCGGCAUUGGUCAAGGCGGCACUGCCGCCCAGCCCGCCCAUGUCCUCAGAUGCGUCUCUCGAAGGGUUCAGCUCGCCAUCGGCGAGGUCCGUGAGCCAGGUCUCGAACGGCUCGAAUUACUACUUCGAGACAACUCCCCCCCUCCAGGUGGAGUCGGACACGCGGCAGAUGACAGCUCCCGCUCAGGUCCCGCGUCUUCCGGUCCAGAACUCGGCAUAUCAACAACCCCAAUAUCCCGGUCCUGCGUAUAUGAGCCAGCCCACCAUGACCUCCUACUAUCCUCCGAUCCAGGCCGCCGCGCCCGCGCAGCCGCAGAUGUCCGGGCUUUACUACCAGCGGCCACUCCCCCAGAACUUCCCCCCGCCAAUGCCCGUAUCGGUAACACUGGCCCCGGCGGCGGCGGGCAACCCUUGGCAGCAUCACCACUACAUCGCUCCUUCGGCGUCAGCAUCUUUCCCUCAGAGCCAAGACCGGUACAUCUGCCCGACUUGCAACAAGGCCUUCUCCCGGCCCAGCUCUCUCCGGAUCCACAGCCACUCCCACACGGGGGAGAAACCGUUCAAAUGCCCCUUUCCCGGCUGCGGCAAGGCGUUUAGCGUGCGGAGCAAUAUGAAGCGGCACGAGCGUGGAUGCCACAACUACGAUAGCAGCAGCACCGGCAGCACCGGCAGCAAUAACGCCAAUGGGGCCAGACCCUGA